UGCUCCGCUUGUUCACCUCGUGCUCCAAAAUGCCGAAAGUAUCAUUCACGUUUAGGGGACUUAUAGCCCCAGUGCUGACACCAUUUAACAAUGACAGCACCAGAACGCUGAAUUUGUCAAUGAUUCCGCAAUAUGCGGAUUUAUUGGUAAAGAGGAAAGUCACUGGUGUUCUUGUGAAUGGAACAAGUGGAGAAGGUCCAUCCAUGUCUGUGAGUGAAAGAAAAUUAGUUGCUGAAGCUUGGGCAACUGCCACGAGAACAACAAAGCAACACCUGAUGGUUCAAGUAGGAGGUGCAUCUCUUCCUGAUGUUCUUGAACUCGCAAGGCAUGCCGAAAGCAUCAAGGCUGAUUCCAUCCUCUGCUUACCGGAAUUAUACUUCAGCCCAACAACAACUGAACAACUGACUGACUACUUGAGAUUAGUUAGCUUGGCAGCUCCGAAUACUCCGCUCUUGUAUUACCACAUUCCCAGCUUUACCCAUGUUAACAUCCAUAUGGGACAGUGGCUUGAAUCCCAGAAUGAUCAUAUUCCAACUCUCGUGGGAAUAAAAUUCACCAGCCCUAACAUGGAAGAAGGUGCUCAAGCACUGCGUGCCUGUGGCAGCAAAUACGUCGUGUUCCUUGGAAACGACCAGUUAGUGAGUGCUGGCACUGCAUUAGGAAUGGAUUCCUUCAUAAUAACAAGCUUAAAUAUGCUUCCUGAACUUGUUCUCGAGACAGUUACAGAAGGACUUGUUAUGAGAAAUGUCAUGAGAGCCAGAGACAAUCAACAGCGUUUAACAAGUGCUGUAAUGGCUAUUUCACGACAUGGAACCUGGGUGGAGACCAUGAAGGUGGCAAUGUCUUUGUUGACGAACAUGAAUCUUGGACCCCCACGUGCACCUCUGUGUCCUCUCCCUACACAAGCUGUAACUUCAAUGGCAAAAGAGUUGCAAGGUCUUGGAUUUGAUAUCAGAAUGUAA